AUGGCUGCCCGAAUUCCAAUUACCCAGGUGCCGGCGAUGUUCGCCCGUCGUCAGCCUCGCGUUAUUCACCUCUGCAAGCGCAUGCAAUCUUCUUCCGCCCCUCAAACUCAGAACCCCGCCUACCCUCUCUACCCCUCCGUUGCCCAGCUGCUUCACACGACCAACAUCUCCGAAUCGGAAGUCUCCAAGAUCCCUGCCUCAGGACCCAAGGGCCGUCUCCUGAAAGGCGAUGUCCUAGCCUACCUAGGCAAAAUCGCAACCGAGUACCCAGCAACUCAAGCCGCACAGCUCGCGAGGCUAACAACCUUGGACCUAAGCAACAUCAAGAUCGCCGCCCCAGCACCAGCCGCACCAGUCGAGGCACCCGCCCCCAUCAAUGAAGAAAUCCUCGCUAAGCCAAUCCCCACAACCUCAGUGGCAAUUUCAAUCUCCCUGGCCGCUGUUCUUUCUGCUCAGCGGAAACUGCAAAAGAACAUGGGUGUUACGGUUCCCGUAUCUAAGUUCUUGGCUGUGGCUACUGAUCUUGCGAAUGAUGCUUUGCCGCGGUCGAAGAACGAGAAGGCUUCCGUUGAUGAACUCUUUGACGAGAUUCUCGGCGGGGAGCCGGUGACGUUCUCUCGAGGAGAUUAUAUUCCUGAGUUGAAUGCCUUUGAGGAGGCGGCUCAGGCUUCGGUUUCUUCUCGUCGUGAGGCGGUUGAGGACAUUAUUGAUGUCCUGAGCGCGAAGCCUGGUAAGAAGGUUGCGAGUGCUGGUGUUGCUUUUGAGGAUUUUGAGGAGGAUGUUGGUGGUGCGUCGAAUGUGUUCAGUUUGACUGUUCCUGUUGAUGAGAAGGUGCGCGCGAAGGCGUUCCUGGAGCGCAUUAAGACCCUUUUGCAGGUUGAGCCUGCACGCUUGGUGCUCUAA